GUCAAUGGUGGAUCGCAUUCUAAAAUACAACAACUUGUUUAGACUGUCGGCAUUGCUGCUGUCAAAUUGAUUUUUGCAUUGAGCUACUAUAAAAUUUCACGUUGCGGUAUUCUUUAUUUGCCGCUUUUAACGAAAAAACAACCAUCUCAAGGUAAUUUUUCAAUCAUUUUAACGAGAAGCAAAUAGCGAAUAUGUCUCAGAACGCGGACAACACAUGGUCGUCCACCGAAGCAAAGGAAAGUCCACAGGAGAUUGCCAAAUUGGUGGAUAAUUUAUCGCUGAAGAAAGAUGGCGAAGUAAAAUCCGAGGAUGGCAGCGUCGAUGUUGCAAAUCCGGCUGACGCCAGUUUAUUGCAAAAAAUCAUUCGCAAAGGUUUGGUCGACACAAAAUCCGAAUUGGACAUCAUCCGUCAGGAUCCAAAUUCACCGCUUUAUUCGGCAAAAACAUUUGAAGAAUUGAAAUUAAAACAAGAACUGUUGCGGGGAGUUUAUGCAAUGGGUUUUAAUAAACCAUCGAAAAUUCAGGAAACCGCCCUUCCAACUCUGCUCGCCGAUCCACCACAGAACAUGAUUGCUCAAAGUCAAUCUGGUACUGGUAAAACCGCCGCUUUCGUCAUUGCUAUGUUGAGUCGUGUCGACACAUCGAAGAAUUAUCCGCAAAUCUUGUGCUUAUCGCCAACGUACGAGUUGGCUAUUCAAACGGGUGAAGUUGCCGCUAAAAUUGCACAGUACUCUCCCAUCAAGUUGCGUUACGCUGUUCGCGGUGAAGAAAUCGCCCGUGGUACCAAGCUGGAUGACCACAUCAUCAUUGGCACACCAGGAAAAGUGCUUGAUUGGUGCACCAAGUUUCGUGUGUUUGACAUCAAGAGAAUCAAUGUGUUUGUAUUGGAUGAAGCCGAUGUCAUGAUUGCAACACAAGGUCAUCAGGAUCAGUGUAUCCGCAUCCACAAACAAUUGCCACCGACAUGUCAAAUGAUGUUGUUCUCAGCCACAUACGAUCGAUCGGUGAUGGAAUUCGCGCAACACAUCGUCAAGAAUCCGAUUGUGAUCAAGUUGUUGCGCGAACAAGAAUCAUUGGACAAUAUCACACAGUAUUAUGUGCGCUGCCGUGAUCAAGAUGAAAAGUAUCAGGCCAUUCAGAACAUCUAUGGUGUUAUCACAAUUGGUCAAGCUAUCAUCUUCUGUCAGACGCGUAAAGCGGCCAACUAUUUAGCGGUAAGAAUGACAAAAGAUGGCCAUUCGGUGGCCGUGCUCUCUGGUGAUUUGACGGUCGAACAGCGAUUGGCUGUAUUGGAUCGCUUCCGUGCCGGUUUGGAAAAGGUGUUGAUCACAACCAACGUUCUAUCGCGUGGUAUCGACGUUGAACAAGUCACAAUCGUUGUGAACUUUGACUUGCCCGUUGACCAAAACGGUGAAGCUGACUGCGAAACAUACCUUCAUCGUAUCGGCCGAACUGGACGUUUUGGCAAAAAUGGUAUUGCUAUCAACUUAGUUGAUUCGGAAAAGAAUAUGGAAGUGUGUCGAGAAAUCGAAAAGCAUUUUGGAAAGAAGAUUCACUUGUUGGACGCAGACGAUUCAGAUGAGAUCGAAAAAAUUGGAUCAUAAAUAAUUUGCACGUCAGUGCACUUAAAACAUAAACAAUUCCUGUGUCUAAAAGCCCUAAAUACUUCACGCUCCGAAGUAUAUGAAGAACGGGUCGAACCUAAUUGCAAAACAAACAACACUUUUUAUUAUCAUAUAAAACGCAUUAUAACUGUCAAUCGAAAAAAAAGACUAAAAAUAAACAAAAACACAGAUAUUUUUCAUUUGGAAAUGA